AUGGAAGAGGAAGAGGAUGCUAUCUCAAUAAAAGAGGAGGAAGAGGAGACUGAAGAUCUGAUUAACACCGGAGAGAGACCAGACUCUCACUCUGACAGCGGGAAGAGUCCUUCAGGGGAACCAGACCCAGAGACAUCCAAACCAGCAAGACCACACCACUGCGGAAAGAGAUUUAUCCAGUUAGGACACCUGAAAGAACAUAAGAAAACACACACAGGGAAGAAGCAGUACCACUGCUCCCAUUGUGGAAAGGGGUUUGGACAGUCAGGGAAUCUAAAAGUGCAUGAAAGAAUACACACUGGAGAGAAGCCAUAUCAAUGCUCCCAGUGUGGAAAGGGUUUUUACUCAGCAGGGGACCUGAAAAAACAUGAGAGAAUACACACAGGUGAGAAGCCAUAUCAAUGCUCCCAGUGUGGAAAGGGUUUUUACUCAGCAGGGGACCUGAAAAAACAUGAGAGAAUACACACAGGUGAGAAGCCAUAUCAAUGCUCCCAUUGUGGAAAGGGUUUUUACUCAGCAGGGGGCCUGAAAAUACAUGAGAGAACACACACAGGUGAGAAGCCAUAUCAAUGCUCUCAGUGUGGAAAGGGUUUUUACUCAGCAGGGCACCUGAAAAGACAUGAGAGAAUACACACAGGUGAGAAGCCAUAUCAAUGCUCCCAUUGUGGAAAGGGUUUUUACUCAGCAGGGGACCUGAAAAUACACGAGAGAACACACACAGGUGAGAAGCCAUAUCAAUGCUCUCAGUGUGGAAAGGGUUUUUACUCAGCAGGGGACCUGAAAAUACAUGAGAGAAUACACACAGGUGAGAAGCCAUAUCAAUGCUCUCAGUGUGGAAAGGGUUUUUACUCAGCAGGGGACCUAAAAAAACAUGAGAGAACACACACAGGUGAGAAGCCAUAUCAAUGCUCUCAGUGUGGAAAGGGUUUUUACUCAGCAGGGGACCUGAAAAUACACGAGAGAACACACACAGGUGAGAAGCCAUAUCAAUGCUCCCAGUGUGGAAAGGGUUUUUACUCAGCAGGGGACAUGAAAAAACAUGAGAGAACACACAAAGGUGAGAAGCCAUAUCAAUGCUCCCAUUGUGGAAAGUGUUUUUCCUCAGCAGGGGGCCUGAAAAAACAUGAGAGAACACACUUAGUAGAGAGGCCUUUCCAAUGCUCUCAGUGUGGAAAGAGAUUUAUUCAGUCAUGGCAUCUGAAAAAUCACAAGAGAAUACACACAGGAGAACAACCAUUCGAAUGCCUUCAGUGUGGAAAAAGUUUUACCCGUUUAGGGAACUUGAAAACGCAUGGGAUGACACACACAGGAGAGAAGCCUUUCCACUGCUCCCUGUGUGGAAAUAGUUUUACCCAUUUAACGACCUUGAAAAUGCAUGCGAUGACACACACAGGAGAGAAGCCUUACCACUGCUCCCAGUGUGGAAAGGGUUUUAGACAAUCAAGUAAACUAAAAGUGCAUGAAAGAAUGCACACCGGCGAGAAGCCAUAUCAAUGCUCCCAGUGUGAAAAUAGAUUUGUCUCAUCAGGGGACCUGAAAUCACAUGAGAUAACACACUUAGUAGAGAGGCCUUUCCAGUGCUCUCAGUGUGCAAAGAGUUUUACCCGGAGGAGGAGCCUGAAAAUACAUUUGAGAACACACACAGGGGAGAAGCCCUAACACUGCUCAGACUGUGGAAAGAGAUUUAGCGAGCUUAGGGACCUGAAAAAGCAUGAGAUGACACACAGGAUAGAAGCCUUACCACUGCUCCCAGUGUGGAAAGACAUUUUCCCGGUCAGAGGACAUGAAAUCACAUAAGAGAUUAGAGGCUGUGUUUUGUGGUCCUCUGUAGCUCAGCUGGUAGAGCACGGCGCUUGUAACGCCAGGGUAGUGGGUU